AUGGAACCCUCAACCUCCCGAUCCCGCACCGGCGGCGGCAGCGGGGGGCGGGAAGACUGCUGGAGCGAAGGCGCCACGGAGACGCUAAUCGAGGCGUGGGGUGAUCGCUACGUCAGCGUCAAAGGCGGAAAUCUCCGCCAGAAGGACUGGAAGGAAGUCGCCGAUGAAGUCAACUCGCGGCGCAGCGGCGGACCGAAGAAGACCGACAUCCAGUGCAAGAACCGAAUCGACACUUUGAAGAAGAAGUACAAGGUCGAGAAGGCCAAACCACCGCCGUCGAAGUGGCAGUUCUACCGCCGCCUCGAUUCCCUCAUCAGUUCCGCCACAACGGCCUCCGGCGCCGCCGGCAGUGUAACCCUAACUGUCAGACCCAAAUCCAAAUCCAAAUCGAAAUCCCAAUCUAAAUCACUUCUGCUUAAGGCUGCCGAAGAGCUGUCGGGCGGGUCGGAUUCAAGCUGGUCCGGCGGGGACGGCGAUGCAGGGUUCGACCAGAGGGCGGUGAAGAAGCAGCACCGGAUGGAGGACGUAGGAUGCUCCGAUGGAGCUGCCUGUAGGGAAUUGGCGAGGGCGAUUCUGAAAUUCGUGGAGAUAUACGAGAAAGUAGAAAGCUCGAAGCAAAUUCAGAUGGUGGAGCUGGAGAAGCAGAGGAUGGAAUUCACUAAGGAGCUUGAGUUUGAGAGGAUGAACAUGUUUAUGGCUGCACAAUUGGAGAUGGAAAAGAAGAAGUCACUGAAGAAGCGAGCCAAAGACGCUUCUGGGUCAGUGGAGACUAAAUUCCUGCAAACUGGAUGCUAUUUAAUUGGGAACAAGGGAGGAAUUUAGUACUAGAAUCACAUCUGCUGCUCUUGUCUAACCACACCUCUAGAGAAGGAAUCAUCGAACUCCUGUUGCUGCAAUCGAAGUCUGGGGUGGAGAAUGACAUGACUGCUCUUUGUAUCUUAUGGCUUUAAGUUCUAACAUCGAUUAACUCCUUUGUACAUGUGAUUAGGUUGUUUUCCGCUACCGGGUUUCUCUGCACUUGGUAUAAUCCAGAGAUGAUAAAAUCCCUCACUCUGUACCUUUUGUACUACUACGUCUACUACUACUGCAGCUGCUGUAGUUAAUGGCAUUCCUUUGCUUUCCCAUUCGGAGUGGGUCUGUAAUGUAGGUUGUUAUUGCAAUAAAGGCACC